AUGCUUCCAACGACCAACACAAAAGAGGUCCCCUGCGUCCGGAAGAGCGCUGUGGUCAUCAUAGGUGCCGGACUAAGUGGACUCUGCGCCGCCAAGCUGUUGACAGAAAAAGGAAUCGACGUUCUUGUCUUGGAAGCGAGAGAAAGGGUUGGGGGACGAACUCACAGCAUCCUAAAGGACCCUGCCGUGGGUUGGGUAGACCUCGGGGGCUCGUACGUGGGUCCUACGCAGAACCAUAUCCUCAGACUGUCGCGCGAGCUGGGUAUCCAGACUUACAGUGUAUUCUCCGAUUUCAAAAGCAUUCACUUCAGCGAGGGAAGAGCUUUUUCUUUAAGCGGUUCAUGGCCGACAUUCGGCUGGCGAAGUCCUCUCGCCUGGUUCGACAUCAACUUCGUCGUACACGAGAUGGAAGCGAUGAUGAAAGAGAUCCCGUGCGUCGACCCUUGGAACUGCAGACAUGCUCAAGAAUGGGACGGCCUCACCCUGCAGGUGUUCUUUGAACAGAAAACUUGGACAAAGAGCGGAUUAAGCUUCCUCAUGGCUGUAGCACGAGCCGAGUUUGCCUGCGAACCUCAUGAGAUCUCCCUCCUCUGGGCGCUCUGGAGCAUCAAGUGCUGCGGAGGAGUCCGGAGGAUUUGCAGCAUCGACGGCGGCGCUCAGGAGAAAAAGUUUCUUACUGGAGCAAUGAGCGUCAGCGAAAAACUACACCAACUCCUAAAAGAUGGCAUACACUUUGGCGUCAAAGUCUGUGGCUUGGCACAGGACAAGGAUGGAGUCAGCGUAACCGUAGCCAACGGCCACUUCACGUAUCGGGCUGGGUACGUCAUCAUGACAGCUCCCUUAACAAUGCAGCUUCAGAUACACUACGAUCCUCCUCUGACCGCUCCGCGAAGCAUGCUUAUCCGAAGCUCCAAAGCAGGCCGCGCCAUCAAGAUAAUUAUAUACUACAAACGUCCAUUCUGGCGGUACAAGGGCUACAGCGGGCAGGUGACCAGCGGCGAUGGCCAACUUUGCUUCAACGAAGUUCUUGACGACUGUCAUCCCAAACGGCCCUUGGCAGCGCUCACGGUUUUCGUCGUUGGCGACAACGCACUAAAGCUUCAAAAACUGCCAGUUGAAGCAAGGAUGAUGCAGAUAUCUAGAGACUUGGCACGUGUGUUCCAAAGCGAUGAGGCCUAUCACUAUGCUCACUACGAGGAGAAAAACUGGUUCCAGGACCGGUACUUCGGAGGUGGCUACGCUUCUGUAUUUCCUGCAGGCGCAACGACAAAAUACGGAAAGGUCCUCCGGCAGCCCUUUUACAGGGUCUACUUUGCGGGAACCGAAACUGCAACGUCAUGGCCAGGUACCAUGAACGGUGCAGUGCAGGCUGGAGAAAGGGCCGCCAGAGAGGUCCUGCGCGACAUGAAAUUGAUAAAAGAAGAUGAAGUAUGGGCCGACGAAAAGGAAUUUAAAGUACGUCAAAUUCUAAACCAACUAAUACCGACUUUCGUUAAGCCCAAACGCCACAACUAG